AUUUUAUGUCAAGGAAUCUUACUAUCGAAAUAUUGCCAUCGAAGUAACAAUUGAAUAUUGAAAUGGACCCUGAUACAUAAAUUCAAGAAUUGUUCGAAUACAUUUAGAAUUAAUUUUCGUAUAGAGCUUCUUUAUUUCUUAGUAUGAAAACCGAUAUAAAAAAUUGGACAUGUUAUUCUGAACUAUAACGCAUAUUCUUAAACCCUACCAGUAGUAUUGGAACUACCUCAAAUGAUAAACUUACUAUUAAUACCUCGGCCAAUGCAUAUUUGCAAUAGAAUACUCCAGAUAGUGAUCUUAUCAACACCUCAAAUAGAAUUCCUAUUGCUACAAAUUAUUAAUAAGGCCCUUCUUAAGGCCAACCAUAAUAAUAACAAGGCAAAAUACAGAAUCAACCUUCAAAUUAAUAAUAAACUAUCCCCAAUCAAUAAUAUCCUUAAAAUUAGAAUUAAACUUAUACAAAUAAUAUUAAUUACUCAUAAUAAUAACAUUCUGGUUAAGUCUAACCUUAAUUAGUGACUAUUCACUUUUCAAUAGUCGAUGGGAACAUUAAGAGGGAAUUCAAAACUACCUUUAAGUCAGAUGAUAUACUUGAAGAUUUAGCUGAUGCUGUGCUUGCCUAUUUGGGAGCAUCAAAGUAUUCGAUUAUAUAAAAAUAAGAUAAUGGGCAGCUUGUGAUUUAUAUAUAUCUGGUCAAAGUUACAAUACUGGGCCAAAGAGAGAAAAGACACUUACACAAUUAUCUAUUAAAUCAAAUGCGACUAUAGAAGCCCGUUUAAGAUGGAUUGGAGGAACCGAAUAUUGA